AUGUCAUAUGACGAUAUAGAAAACGCAACUCCAGAUAUUGUUAUUGGAAGCACUAUCGAAGAAGAAGAAGAGGAUUACCGGUAUGAGAAUGAAAGUGACAAUGAAGUGCAACAAGAAAAAGAUUUGGAUGACUCACAGCUGAAGGGCAAAAAAUCAGUUGCCUUUGCGGGAUUGGAUGAGGAGGAUGAUGAAAAAGCCGAGGAGAGGGCCAAGAGGGAGUUCGAAGAAGGUGGUGGUUUACCUGAGCAACCUACAAACCCGGAUAUUUCCCAGCUUACACCACUUUCGCCUGAAAUCAUCAACAGACAAGCCACAAUCAAUAUUGGUACAAUUGGCCACGUCGCACAUGGUAAGUCAACUGUAGUCAGAGCCAUUUCGGGAGUCCAAACUGUUCGUUUCAAGGAUGAAUUGGAGAGAAACAUUACUAUUAAAUUGGGUUAUGCUAAUGCCAAAAUUUACAGGUGUGAUAACCCAGAAUGCCCUGAACCAGGUUGUUACAAAUCCUUCAAAUCAGAUAAAGAAAUAAGACCCAAAUGUCAGCGUCCAGGUUGCGAAGGUCGUUAUAAGUUAGUUAGGCACGUUUCGUUUGUCGAUUGUCCAGGUCACGAUAUUUUGAUGAGUACAAUGUUGUCUGGUGCUGCUGUUAUGGAUGCAGCUUUGUUACUUAUUGCAGGUAAUGAAAGUUGUCCUCAACCACAAACAUCUGAACAUUUGGCAGCCAUUGAGAUUAUGAAGUUGAAGCAUGUUAUAAUUUUGCAAAACAAGGUUGAUUUGAUGAGAGAAGAGUCAGCAUUGGAACAUGAAAAGUCUAUUAUUCAGUUCAUAAGAGGUACCAUAGCUGAUGGUGCACCAAUAGUUCCAAUUUCGGCACAAUUGAAAUAUAAUAUCGAUGCCGUCAAUCAAUUCAUAGUCAACUCCAUACCUGUCCCAGUUAGAGACUUUACUGCAUCACCAAGAUUGAUUGUUAUUAGGUCUUUCGAUGUCAACAAACCUGGUGCUGAUGUUGAUGACUUGAAGGGAGGUGUUGCUGGUGGUUCUAUUUUGACCGGUGUUUUCAAAAUUGGUGACGAGAUUGAAAUUAGACCUGGUAUUGUUACUAAAGAUGACCAGGGAAGGAUCCAAUGUAAGACGAUAUUUUCCAACAUUGUUUCAUUAUUCGCAGAGCACAAUGAUUUGAAAUUUGCCGUACCGGGAGGUUUGAUUGGUGUUGGUACUAAAGUCGACCCAACAUUGUGUAGAGCUGAUAGAUUGGUUGGUCAAGUUGUUGGGGCUAAAGGAAACUUGCCAUCCAUUUACUCGGAUAUUGAAAUCAAUUACUUUUUGUUGAGGAGAUUGUUGGGUGUAAAGACUGAGGGACAGAAGCAAGGUGCAAAAGUUAGAAAAUUGGAGGUUGGUGAAGUUUUGAUGGUGAAUAUAGGUUCGACAGCCACCGGUGCUAGGGUAGUCGCUGUUAGAGCAGAUAUGGCACGUUUACAAUUGACCUCCCCAGCAUGUACCGAAAUCAAUGAGAAGAUUGCCUUGUCUAGACGUAUCGAGAAGCACUGGCGUUUGAUUGGUUGGGCAACGAUCAAAAAGGGAACAACUAUAGAACCUGUCGUUUGA